AUGUCCCUGUCGCCGCCUCAGACACCGCACUGGCGGCAUGUCUAUAGGGCACUCUUAAGAGAAUCUUCCUAUCUUCCUGACCCAAUUGCUCGUCAAUAUAUGUCCAGCCAUGUCCGGGAAAGUUAUCGAGGCUACCAGCCAAGAAUGAUACAAAACUCUUAUAGAGGCCCUAAUGGGCAGUUCUACCUAGAACGCCGGGCGAGAAAACUCUUGUCGAUUCUCUCCCGAGCAAAUGAUGGAUAUAUGAAACCCCUCGAACGCGUGCUCAUGUUGUCAUACGGCCGAAUCGGACGGCGAAGACAUGUACUAGCACGACCCUUCUUCGUCCCCAAUUCAUCUGCAGAUAAAAUCCCGUUUCGAUUCAUCCUACCCCCAACGUGUCCUCCUAGUUGGGAACCUAUUCCCUCCCUGGCUGCGUUACUGAAAUCGCAGAUGGAGAACCGCAAGCUGAGCUCCAUCGACGCAACACCGGCAAUCCGCGAGAUCCCACAGCCUAAAAAGAGUAUUUGGAAUGGACAUGUGUCCAAGAGGAAAGUGCAGAAAGCUACCGAGAAGUGGUAUGAUAUUGUUAUCAAAAGCUUUCUACCCCCGAUCCCCGAUCAGGAGUGGAACACUUUACAUGGUCUAGCAGUGGGAAAGGAACCGUGGUUCCUACCAAAGAGGCGGAAACGACUAGACACGAAUGAUACCAGGAGCGCGCUUGAUGCAGAAUUUUUGGUCUUCGGCCCACAGAAGGACCGCACCUUCGAGGCAUAUGCACGUGGAAGGCCACACAAAAUUACCCGGAAGCUCAUCACACCCAUCUGGGAGCGAGUAUUGUUGGCAACUCCACGGAUGACGCAGGAUCCAGAAACGAAAAGUUGGAUAGUUCGCUGGGGAAUACCGGCUAGGAAACCUCCCAUGUUCCCAACAUUAGACCCUGAGUUGGCAAUCAACUCGCAGUUGUUUGCCGGUGUUGAUAGCACAACCGGAGCCUUGUUAACGCCAAAACGCACACGGAAACGGGAGACAACGGUCUCGGCAUCGUGA